UCACGAAGAUCAACUGGGGGAAUCUAUCCCAUAUGGAGACGAAAGGUCAAAACUAUGAUGCUUUUGAACCAACAAUGAUGAGUGCCACUCACACUACUAAUGAGCAUACCACGUACACGAAGCCCAUGAAAGUUCCGUCACAUACAUCCGAAGGCAAUAAUGAGGGUGACCCUUCUCAAUCCAUCACUAAGGUGGAUCUCCUCAGUGGUGACCGUUUAGAUAAAGGAGAAAACAAUAUGUCUCAAGCCAGUGAAGGAGAAACGAUAGUGAGGACAGCUAUCGUGGAGCCUCUUGAUGUUCAUGAAACUAAGGUGGAAUCCUCACAACAAAUCACUGAGAAGGUAAAUUUUGAAAAUACUGAAGAGAAGAAGACAAAGAAGAGAAGAAAGAAAUCAGGAAGAUCAACCGUGGAGAAUCUACCCAGUGUAGAAGUGAGAGAUCCAAAGUCCAACACUAAUGAUACACUACUCAUUAGUGCGACCGUGGAUGAGACUGCUAAUGGGCAUAUUAGUUACAUGAAGCCCAUGGAAGCUCCAUCACACACAUCUGAAGGAAAUAAUGAGGGUGACCCUGCUCAAUCAAUUUUGAAUGUGGAUCUUCCUAUUGGUGACCAUAUAGCUAAAGGAGAAAACAACUUGUCUCCAACAAGGGGAGGAGGUACAAUGGUGAGGGCUGCUGCUGCAGAGCCUCUUGAUGUGCAUGGGACUAAGGCAGAAUCCUUAGAACGAAUCAUUGACAAAGAAAUGAUCAUUGAAAGCACUGAAGAGAAUACAAAUAAGAAAAGAAAAAAAUCACGAAGAUCAACUGUGGAGAAUAUACGCAGUGUAGAUAUGGAAGAUCCCGACUCUCAUGAUAAUGAUCCACUACCCAUUAGUGCAACUGUGAAUGAGACUGAUAAUGGACAUUCCAGUUACAUGAAGACUGCGAAAGCUUCAUCACAUACGCGUGAAGGAAAUAAUGAGGGCAACCCUCCUCGAUCGAUUAGGGAUGUGCUCCCUAGUGAUGACCAUCCGGACGAAGUGAACAAUCAUGUGAGGGCAGUGAAUGAAAGUGACAUAAUCAAUUUCAGUGAUUAUUUUGCACCAAGGCAACUCCAGCAAGAAGCCUUGGCUCCUGACAAUUCUGUUGUUGAUGGAGGGACAAAAGAAAAUAGAGCAGCUGGAAAGGUCAAAAGCAAAAGAAGAAAGAAAGCUGAUGCAACUGUUGAUGGCAGCUCGUCUGGGUUGCAGAGUUCACUUGUAUCAAAUGGUCAGCAAGAUGGACUAAAAUCUCCUACUGGUAACUCCUACUCCAUCCAAAUUCAAGAAUCACUAGCUAAUGACAAGAAUGAGCGAUCAGGUAGCUCCAAGAAGAAUCCUCCUGUAGGUCCUGGAAGUACAGACCUGACUUUGUUGUCUUCGAAAUCGGAUAAGUUUAAGAUUAGAGCUGAAGAAGUUCCAGGGGCCAAAGUCAUCGUUGUUACUCCGAAUCUAGAGAAAGACAGUGAAACGUCAGCUGCAUCAGGUUCUGACAUGAAAAGAACCAAGAAUGUUAAAGCGGGCAACAAGAGACGCUCAGGAGUUGACCGCUAUCGUCUGGCUUUUAGGAAAUCUUCUCACCAGCAUUCUGAGGAAGUUGUCGAUACAUCUGAACGGAAGAAAAGCUUGUUAGCAACAUCAGUCCCAAUUUUUGAGGAUGAAGGCAGUGGGAGUUCUGCAGAAGCUGAGGGAAUUGAGGAUUCCGAUGCUAGCACCAGGACACCAUCAGAUAAGUUGUUAUCUGACUACUCGGAUGGCGACAGUAAUGCAAAUCUGGACUCACCUUGGGAUGGGAACCUUCUAAGAAAAAAUGAUGUUGGGAGUGGCAUCAAGAAAUCACAGUCCUCAGACAGGAAGGAUCUAACCCUUGACAAGAUCCUCAGGAGUUCGAGCAGGUACAAGAAGGCCAAGCUAGCUGCUUCUCAAUCGCAGCUUGAAGACUCUGAAAGCCAACCACUUGAAUUCGUGCCUGAUAGUCAAGCCAAUUCAUAGGUGGCCCUGUGAAAUACAACAGGUAUAGAAGGCAGACCUCAAGGAGGUCGAUUUGGAGGUUGAGUCAUAUACAUCAUAGCCUCCUCAAAUUUUGACAUUUUUUGUUUUUUAUUGGGCCAGUUUUCACCCCCUAUUCUCUAUUUUCUGCUACGUCACAAUUAUCCCAAAAUUAGCUUAAAAUGCAUUUUGCUGGAAAAGAGAUACUCAUGUUCGACACUGCUCUGUCCUGAUGCCGACUCUUUUGGAGUCAUUGUGUCCGGUUCAGCCGGUUUUUGAAAUUUUCCUGCAGUGCAAUCACUGCCUAUAUGCCCUCCCCAUUUUCCGAAAGUCGGGGUGGAUGACUGAUUAAUUGAGUAUGAUGAAUUGGAAGUUGUAGCAUUAACACGCCGA